AUGAAGGCAGGGAGCUGAAAGCCUUUGCGAGGGGCCAGGGAGAAUGGGGGGUGGGGGCUUGAGCCAGCCAGGGAAGGGUCAGAGCCAUCAGGGUUAUUAAAAGCCAGUUGAUUUUCAGAUUUAUUUUAGACCUCCCACUCCCAUCCAGUUCUGCUUUAAUAUGAAUCAAGACAGAGGAGGGUAGGAUUCCAAGGUGACUUAAAACAAAAACCAGUUGCUUUUUCGACUCUAUGUGUGUCAGAGUAGAAUAGUGCCCCAUAAGGUUUUCAGUGGCUGAUUUUUCAGAAGCAGAUCACCAGGCUUUCCUCCUGAGGUGCCUCUGGGUCUAUUUGAACCUCCUACAUUUUGGUCAGCCGAGGAGCAAUGUUUAUACCACCCAGGGUGACUUAAAGCUGACUUAAAACCAAAACCAGACUUAGGGAGAAGAAAAUACACAUACAUGCAGAGCAUUUACUACAGGCCCAUCCUGGGCUAAGAGCUUCACCUCCGUGGUUCAUUUAGUUCUUACAACACCCCCGUUAGUAGAUACUAUUGUCCCCUUUUUGUGGAGAGAACUGAGGCUUAAGCGUGUAAAGUCACAGAGCUAAUGAGUGAAGAGUCUGGGUUUUCAUGCUUGUUGUAGCCUGACUCCUCUCCCCUACCCCCCACUGGCACACAGGGUCUUUUGCUGUGACUUCCCCUGUUUUUUCCCCUGUUACUGGAUUGGGGGAGUGCAGGAAAAACCUCAGCCCCGCAGAGUCUGAGCCAGUGAUAGCUACUUCCCGGAUAAGAAGGCGGCUCUGAAGCUGACAGCAAAUCCAGCCCCACAGCCACAAUCCUCCAGCCUCCUUGCAGCUCCCCAAAAGCCCCGACCUGCUGGCCCUCGAGGACUGGAGGCCCAGGUGCUCCUAAAGGAAAUUCAGGUGAGUGUUGCCAUCUCUCAGGGAAGAAGGGACUCAAGGCUUUAAGACACGUAGCUUUUCUGCAUGAUCCACAGAUUUUCCAGGGAUGAAUUAGAAGGUAUGUGUGUGCGUCCCACACCCACAGCCCAACUGGUAAGACAGAGUAAAAGCCCCUAAUGAAGAUCUGCUCAAAAGGGACAAAGCCAGAAGGAAGUAGAGGUUGGAGUCCACCUGGGCCUGGAGGUGGGGCAGGACUGGUUGGGGGUGGGAAGAAAACUUGUCUGGCACAAACAGUUCUGGUCUCUCCCAGCUCAGAAACCCCUUCAUAAAGCAUCUCUACUGUUGGGUCAAAUCUGGAAAGUGAGUUGUAUGUUACUUAUUCACAGUUUGAAUGCUAAACUUCGUUUUCUUACCUCUUCCAAACCAGGUCUUUCCCUCAAACCCUCCAGCCCCUCUGUCCUUCCUUUGGGGACAAAAGAUGGCUUUCCAGGUCUCCUUUCUUUUCCAAUCCUGCCUUCUUCCCAAUAGGUGUCUGCUGGUCCUCAUGUCGGUCGGACCUAGCUCCGGGCCCAGCUCCUCCGGGGCACUCACCGUGCCUGCUGGCGACUUUUCAGAGAUUCACAAUUGGAGCGAUCUGCUCUACUUCUUCAACCACACUUUGCCCGAGUGCCACAUGGAGUUCAGCGAGAGCACCAAGCGCGUGGUCCUCUUUGUCCUCUACCUGGCCAUAUUUGUGGUUGGGCUGGUAGAGAACCUCCUGGUGAUAUACGUCAACUGGCGUUACUCGGGCCGGGCAGGGCUGCUGAAUUUCUACCUCCUCAACACAGCCGUAGCAGACCUGGGCAUCGUCCUGUCCCUGCCUGUGUGGAUGCUGGAGGUCACAUUGGACUACACCUGGCUCUGGGGCAGCUUCUCCUGCCGUUUCACUCACUACUUCUACUUCGCAAACAUGUACAGCAGUAUCUUCUUCCUGGUGUGUCUCAGCAUUGACCGCUACAUCACCGUCACCAAUGCCUCACCCUCCUGGCAGCGCCGCCAGCACCAAGGACGGCGGUUCCUGUGUGCAGGCAUCUGGGUCCUCUCGGCCAUCAUCCCACUGCCUGAGGUGGUUCACAUCCAGCUGGUGGAGGGCUCUGAGCCUAUGUGCCUAUUCAUGGCACCAUUUGAAAGCUACAGCUCGUGGGCCCUGGCAGUGGCCCUGUCAACCACUAUCCUGGGCUUCCUGCUGCCCCUCCUUCUGAUCGCCGUCUUCAAUGUGCUGACAGCCUGUCAGCUCAGGCGGGCAGGACAGCCGGAGGGCCGGCGCCACUGCCUGCUGGUGUGUGCCUACAUAGCCGUCUUCAUCAUCUGUUGGCUGCCCUACCAUGUGACUCUGCUGCUGCUCACACUGCAUGGGACCCACAUCUCCCUCCACUGCUACCUGGCCCACCUGCUCUACUUCUUCUACGACAUAAUCGACUGCCUCUCCAUGCUUCACUGCGUCGUCAACCCCAUCCUUUACAACUUUCUCAGCCCAGGCUUCCGGGGCCGGCUACUGAGUGCUGUGGUCCAUUACCUUCCCAAGGACCAGGCCAGGAUGGGUAGACGGGCUUCCUCCUCUUCCUCCUCCACUCAGCAUUCCAUCGUCAUCACCAAGGAGGGCGUGCAGCCUGAUACGGGCCCCCAUGCCACGCCCUCCCAAGCCUGAACUUUCAAGCAGCCUCUUUGUCUCCAAAUACUUCGCCCAUCUCCACACCUCAAUCUCUUCUGUCCAGCUGAGGUAGA